ACUUAUUGAGGCCCGGUCACGUGUGUCACUUCUGACCAGGAGCUCAGGACUGGCAAGGGGCAGCACCAGCGGGGCAGGAGAAGCACCACAAACAAGCAAAAAAGAAAUCUUGUAGCUCGGAGGGUCUUUUAUUUCGCUGUCAGAGUACUGAAGGCUGGAGUUUGAACUAGAUAGGAGACUAGCGUUCUUCUGUGUUCAGAACUUAAUAUCAGGGCAGUAGAGGGAGAGAGAGAGAAGAGAGGCGAAAUGACACAAGUCGAAAGCCAAGUGCAGUAUACCACCAGCUAUGUGGUGUCGACGGAGGAUUACAUGACCCAGGAGGAUGACUGGGACCGCGAUCAUCUGCUUGACCCGGCCUGGGAGAAACAACAGAGGAAGACUUUCACAGCCUGGUGUAACUCUCACCUGCGCAAGGCCGGCACGCAGAUCGAGAACAUUGACGAGGACUUCAGGAAUGGACUCAAACUCAUGCUGCUGCUGGAGGUCAUCUCCGGCGAGAGGCUGCCCAAACCUGACAAGGGUAAGAUGCGAUUCCACAAGAUCGCCAACGUCAACAAGGCCCUGGACUAUAUCUGCAGCAAGGGGGUGAAGCUGGUGUCCAUCGGAGCAGAGGAGAUCGUUGAUGGAAACUGCAAGAUGACCUUGGGAAUGAUCUGGACUAUCAUCCUGCGUUUCGCCAUCCAGGACAUCUCCGUAGAGGAAACCUCGGCUAAGGAGGGCUUGCUGCUGUGGUGCCAGAGGAAGACUGCCCCCUACAGGAAUGUCAACGUGCAGAACUUCCACAUCAGCUGGAAGGAUGGUCUGGCGCUGUGCGCUCUCAUUCACAGACACAGACCCGACCUCAUCGACUACUCCAAACUGAGAAAGGAUGACCCAGUUGGUAACCUGAACACUGCCUUCGAAGUGGCUGAGAAGUACCUGGAUAUCCCCAAGAUGCUGGAUGCUGAGGAUAUUGUGAACACCCCCAAGCCCGACGAGAAAGCCAUCAUGACCUACGUGUCCUGUUUCUACCAUGCCUUCGCUGGGGCAGAACAGGCUGAGACUGCGGCUAACAGAAUCUGUAAGGUGCUGGCUGUCAAUCAGGAGAAUGAGAAGCUGAUGGAGGAGUAUGAGAAACUGGCCAGCGAGCUCCUGGAGUGGAUCCGGCGCACGAUCCCGUGGCUGGAGAACCGCGUGGCGGAGCAGACGAUGCGCGCCAUGCAGCAGAAGCUGGAGGAUUUCCGGGAUUACCGGCGCGUGCACAAGCCCCCCCGCGUGCAGGAGAAAUGCCAGCUGGAGAUCAACUUCAACACCCUGCAGACCAAGCUGAGGCUGAGCAACCGGCCCGCCUUCAUGCCCUCCGAGGGGAAGAUGGUCUCGGACAUAGCGAACGCCUGGAAGGGUCUGGAGCAGGUGGAGAAGGGUUAUGAGGAGUGGCUGCUCACUGAGAUUCGCAGACUGGAACGCUUGGAUCACCUGGCUGAGAAAUUCAAGCAGAAGUGCUCCCUGCACGAGUCCUGGACUAACGGCAAGGAGAGCCUGCUGUCUCAGAAGGAUUAUGAGUCGUGCUCCCUGAUGGAGAUCCGUGCUCUGAUGAGGAAACACGAGGCCUUUGAGAGCGACCUGGCAGCACACCAGGACAGAGUGGAGCAGAUCGCAGCCAUCGCACAGGAGCUCAAUGAGCUGGAUUAUCAUGACGCCUCCACUGUGAAUGCCCGCUGCCAGGGCAUCUGUGACCAGUGGGACAGCCUGGGCACCCUGACCCAGAAGAGAAGAGACUCCCUGGAGCGAGUUGAGAAGCUGUGGGAGACCAUCGACCAGCUGUACCUGGAGUUCGCCAAGAGGGCGGCGCCCUUCAACAACUGGAUGGAUGGAGCCAUGGAGGACCUGCAGGACAUGUUCAUAGUGCACAGCAUCGAGGAGAUCCAGAGUCUCAUCACAGCACACGAGCAGUUCAAAGCCACUCUGCCCGAGGCUGAUAAGGAGCGCAUGGCCACCAUGGGGAUCCAGAACGAGAUUGUGAAGAUCGCACAGACCUACGGCAUCAAGCUGUCCGGCAUCAACCCCUACACCAACCUGUCCCCCCAAGACAUCGUCAACAAGUGGGAGGCUGUCAAGCACCUUGUCCCCCACAGAGACCAAAUGCUGCAGGAGGAGGUGGCUCGCCAGCAGGCCAACGAGAGGUUGAGGCGCCAGUUCGCUGCCCAGGCCAACAUCAUCGGACCCUGGAUCCAGACCAAGAUGGAGGAGAUCGGACACAUCUCGGUGGAGAUCUCAAGCUCUCUGGAGGACCAGAUGAACCAGCUGAAGCAGUACGAGCAGAACAUCAUCAACUACAAAUCCAACAUCGACAAGCUGGAGGGAGACCACCAGCUCAUCCAGGAGGCCCUCAUCUUCGACAACAAGCACACCAACUACACCAUGGAGCACAUCCGUGUGGGCUGGGAGCAGCUCCUCACCACCAUCGCCAGAACCAUCAACGAGGUGGAGAACCAGAUCCUGACCCGCGAUGCCAAGGGAAUCAGCCAGGAGCAGCUGAACGAGUUCCGAGCCUCCUUCAACCACUUCGACCGGAAGAGGAAUGGAAUGAUGGACCCAGACGAUUUCCGUGCCUGUCUCAUCUCCAUGGGCUACGAUCUGGGUGAGGUGGAGUUUGCCCGCAUCAUGACUCUGGUUGACCCCAACAACACAGGGGUCGUGACCUUCCAGGCCUUCAUCGACUUCAUGACCAGAGAGACGGGUGAGACGGACACCGCCGAGCAGGUCAUGGCUUCCUUCAAGAUCCUGGCUUCAGACAAGACGUACAUCACGGUGGAUGAGCUGAGGCGUGAGCUCCCCCCAGAGCAGGCAGAGUACUGCAUCAGCAGGAUGACCAAGUACAUCGGAUCCGAUUCUGUCAACGGGGCUCUCGACUACAUGUCCUUCUCCAGCGCACUCUAUGGAGAGAGCGACUUGUAAACCCCCUUCUCCCUGCCCAUCCCCUUCUCCCUUUCCACCCUUAAACAAAGAAUCGCUGCUCAGACACCUGCCCUCCCCCUUAGUGAACAAGAAACAAAAAAGAAUACACAAGUCUAGUGAUCCUAUAGCUGCCAGCAAUUCUGUUGGCAAAGAAAUAUCCCACUUCUACCACCAAUGUAUGCAAUUACUGGGGUCCCUGCUAGAAUGUAGAAACAUUAUCAUAGAAUGUCAUCAGGAAAAAUCUACUUUAUUCAAGGGGCUGUGUGAUCAAAUAGUAAAAAGCAGAUUCAAUUUACUUCUGAUUGGAUAAUGUGGUUACAACAUUCAAGUAGGGACCUGCUUAUAUGGUAUAUACAGUACAUACUGGCUGUGUUUUAGAAAUACCCCAUAUUGCAAUUCUAGCUGGUUAAAUUCUGUAAACUGUGAUCAGGGCAGGCUGAGUUUAAGAGUGAUUUAAAAAAAAUAAUGGAAACCGAGAAAUAAAAUGCCUUGCCUAACAUUGGAUUAUAUUAUUUUUGCAGAUGCAUGCAGUGUUCUUUUAGAAAUGCUAUCUAUGUAACUUCUCCUUAACCUCGCUGCAAUAAACACAGAAAUAUAUAUAUAUCUAGACUUGCAGUCAAGUCCUUUUUAAUGAAGAUGAGAUUCUGUAAACCUGGUUACAGGAACCUUGCACUUUUACAAUGGUCAAGCAAAGUAAACGAAUGGAGAUCAGCUUUGAAUUCUCCAGCCCAUGUAUGAUCACAUGAUGAGGAUACGGUAACCAAUGGUGAUAUAAGACCCGCCCCCAGAGAGGAAAGGGGGCGUGGCUUGAAGGUGCUGGGAAGUUAUGAAGCCGUUGUUUGAGAAUAGGACGGAUUUAAUGUUAGGAUGCAGUGUUUCCAUUGUCUAGUAAUACUGUGCUCAGACUGUAAGCUAUUCUUCUUAAGCAACUUAGUUAUACCUGCAGGAGGCUUCAAAUUCUGCAUGGUGUCCUGUAAGCAAGCCAUCAUCAGCAGUAUCAUAUAUUAAGCCGAUUAGGGACGUUCACCACACAGCAGUCUGAGUUUUGCUUUGCUUAGACAUUUCACUGGAACUGCACAGCUCUCAUUGAGAACAGGUUCCAGGGCAGUGGAAACGCAGCAGUUCAGAAGCUGAAAUGGGACUUGACGACAGGUCUGUGCCACACGCACGCACACACACACACACACACACACACACACAUCUAAUUACUUAAACACAAUCCGAUGCAGGUUGACAGUCAUGUUUACUUAAGCAUAGGAGGAUUGGGGAAGCACAGAGGGAGAGAUACUGUACAGAGAACUUUGAGCAAAGAAGCCCUCCCUUCUAGGCAAACCACACAAUAUAUAUUUGAACCCCAUGUUUCGGUAGGUUAUCACUGCCAGUUGUGGCUCAUCUCCUUGCCUCUCUUUUACGGUCUCCAAGCCUGUAGCAGUAGGCUGUUCAUGAGGCCGCAUUGCAGUGGUUCAUCGUUAAUCUGAUCAGUGUUGGAGUUGCUCAACACUCAUGGCUCACUACUUGGGUCUUUUCCCUUCUGUGUUUUACCCAAAUGCCUUGGCUUGCUUCCAUUGUAACAGCACGGAAGCCUUAAUAAUAAAGAUAAUGAACAUCUACCUUGGAUAAUAAAAACAAAUCUAAACAAA